AUGAUCAAAUCGUACGCAAGCCGCAGACCGGAACUGCGCAGUGUCACGGGGGUAGAAAGGAUCCGAGCGACUCGGCAAGUCGGUUGCCUUGAUGUCCUGUUGCACUACCUCGCAAACACCUCAUCUUGUAGUUCGCUCAAAACCAUCGAUGUUGCAUGGAGGGCAAGUCGGGAAAGCUCAAACACAUCCUUCCUGUCGGGCUUGCAAAACGUGAGCAAACUCAGCCUCGAUUUCAACAGAGGUAGAAGCUCUACUCUGCUCGAGAUCGCACGCGGAUUGGUUCAAGGAGGCAGCCCCCACCUUGUUGAUUUCACACUCUACAUUACCCUAGACACCCUCACCCUUGCAAUAGAGCCGGACGUCAUCGAGCUCGCCGACCUCACCUCCCGCAGGCCUUUCUCCACUGUGAAGAAUGCUCGCAUUUGCCUGGGCUGGAACGGAGACCUUGACUUAACGAAGACAUCUGGAGCACAAGUAUUGGAAUUCAUGGCUAGGAUGUGGCCCGUCAUCAGCCGUGAUGCACAAGUAGACUUGAAUAUAUUCCUCAACCUCGGCGAAGACCUCUGGGAGUGGAGCAGCAAAGAAACGGAUGCAAAGACCGGAGAGAUCGAGACGGGAACAUCGUUUUGGCAAGGAGAAGGCGAACGAGCAGGGAAGUGGUUAUGGGAUCCGCCGUCGCCCGAUGAUGUGACGUCAAGUUCGGAGCAGAGUGAAGAGCAGAGUGAACAGGAGUGA